GGGCCUGGCUGACGGGCGGCGUCGGCGCGGGGCUAGCCGCGUUCGGGUGUGGGCAGGGGGCGAGGCGGGGGCUGCGGCGGCCUCCCGGGAUGGGCCGGCUUCCGUGGGGUGCGGCCGAGCCGGAGGCGCAGGCGGCGCGCGGCCCAGGCCUGCCGGGCGGACGGCCCGGGGGCUGAGGUAGAAGUGGGCGCGGAGGAAGGGGCCGAGCCUCGGCAGUGGGUGGAGCGGCGAAGGGGGCGGAGGCUGGGCCGCGGCGGGCGAGCGGCGCGGCGCGCUGUCCGGAGCUCGGUGGUGGUGGUGGUGGUGGUGACGGUGGUGGCGGCGGCUGCGGCGGCGGACCGGGACGAGCGCCCGGAGGUGGCGGACGAGGCGCCCAGGGCCCCCAUGGGCGGGUGUGUGGGCGCCCAGCACGACUCCUCGGGCAGCCUCAACGAGAACUCGGAGGGCACCGGAGUUGCUUUAGGUCGUAACCAGCCUUUGAAAAAGGAGAAACCAAAAUGGAAAAGCGAUUAUCCUAUGACAGAUGGACAGCUGCGCAGCAAGAGGGAUGAAUUUUGGGACACUGCACCAGCUUUUGAAGGCCGCAAAGAGAUUUGGGAUGCCCUGAAGGCUGCUGCACAUGCUUUUGAGAGCAACGAUCAUGAACUGGCACAAGCAAUCAUUGACGGUGCAAACAUCACACUACCACAUGGUGCACUUACUGAGUGCUACGACGAGCUGGGGAACAGAUACCAGCUUCCUGUCUAUUGCCUGGCGCCUCCAAUCAACAUGAUAGAGGAGAAGAGUGACAUAGAGACUCUGGACAUCCCCGAACCUCCGCCCAACUCCGGCUACGAAUCGCAGCUGCGCUUGCGCCUCUCCACCGGCAAGGACCUCAAGCUGGUGGUCCGCAGCACAGACUCCGUGUUCCACAUGAAGAGGCGGCUGCACACAGCCGAGGGCGUGGAGCCCACUAGUCAGCGGUGGUUCUUCUCCGGCAGACCUCUCACUGACAAGAUGAAGCUGGAAGAGCUGAAGAUCCCAAAGGACUACGUGGUGCAGGUGAUAGUGAGCCAGCCCCUGCAGAACCCGCCCCCGGUGGACAACUGAGCGGCCCUCGCAGCUGCUUCCUGCUCGCUCCUGUCUCCCACUCUGUGGCGUGAAAUGUGCUUUGACUGCUCCAAAUUCCCUACGAAUGGAUCUAGUUCUGAGGAAUUACCAGUGAAAAAUUCCAUCUGUGAUGGAGACCAACGAAAAUCAUAAAAAACACAAAGAGCCAGCCUUUGAGACUCAUGUAAUUACAAUUUCUAAUUUGAGAGGCAGUUAAGAUAUAGAUAACCAUUUAUUUUAAAACACCGACUAUGUAAUUGCUGUAUUUAAAUGAUUGGGACUAUAAUGGGAACGUUGCAUCCGUGAAGAACAGCACCAAGCACCUUUUGAAUACAGUUUCCAAAAAUACGUACAUCAAAUCAUAUCAUUUCCAGAUAUCAUCAAUAACAGCUAUAAGACAGAAGCUUUGAUUUUUUUGUUUGUUUGUUUGUUUGUUUAAUGAAGUCGGAAAAGCCCAGCAUUGGAGGUUAGCGUCCAUCCUGCUCCAAUUUGUUCGUGUUAGCUCGUGUCAUACGUAGUCCUAAAGGCCUGGAGACGGGCAGACUGUGUCUCAGUGCUGCUUGCCCCACGCCCACUUGUGGAACUCCUUACUUACAUUCACACUAAAUGCUGGUGCCUUUCAGCACGUUGGUGGCAGGCACCCUUCUGGAACUCUAGGCAAUAAUGUUUUCAGUGUAGUUGGGUCUGUCAUCAGCUGGUACUCGGUUGAAAAGUCUCUUGAACCUCUUGUCGCAUAAGUAUGCUGAACCGUUUCUGUAAUCAGUAAGGCUGUGUUCCUCUCCAGGCCUAGAAGGUCACUCCUGUAUAAUACCUUCAUUGACAGAUGCACUCUGCUUGGAACUUCUUAGAGCUAACUGUGACCCCCAGAUGCAUAGGGCCUGGUUCAGGGAGCCCAGGAAUCCAUGACAGCUGUUUCCACUAUGGAUAAUAACUUCAUUAUAUCUGCUUCCCACUUGGCAAGAAUGAUAUAAGAAAAACCCAUUCCUAGGAGAGGUAUGCCUCUCUUUGGUCUUCCAGAGAAACAUUUCAAACCACAGUUGACAAACACGAAAGGUUUACUGGCCUUGCUUAAACAUCAAGAGCAAGACAAAACGCUGGGAAGUGGCUUCUGGCGCUCUGACUCAGCGUUGCCUCUCAGCACAGUGGGCGGCCAUUUUCCCGCCUGCCUCAUUCCUAGCAGAGGUCGGUUAACCAUCCACCAGUUAGGUUCAGUCAGAGAUCUGCUAAGAUAACCUGGCUCUUGUACACAGUGGCUGGAGCAGAGCUGCCAAGGAUUUUCACAGUGAGGCGUU